GAGCUGAAUAAGCUGCCGGCGCUGGCGGUCUGGUCUCGAAUCCCCUGCGGGUCGGUGGCGGCGGGAUCAGAACGGCGGUGCGGAUCCCCGAGAGCUGGAGAACGCGACAGGCGGUGCCCGGAGCCUCCGCAGCCGCCGCGCCUCCGCCUCGGCCCCGCUCCCUUCGCCCUGGGCCGUCCCGGCCCCGCCAGCUCCCUCGCGUUUCUGCCACUGAGACCGCGGUUCCCAGACUGCCCGAUCGCCACGACACCCCAGCAGCCCUCUCGGAGAAGCCCCCGAGGUGGCUGGGCCUGGAGCGCGCGCACCGCCCCUCUGCUCUCGCGGCUCUGAAGUUCCCUGCGGCGGGCUGCCCCGGGGGGCGGGCGCCGGCUCCAGCCUCCGUGAGGUCACCGCGUGCAGCAGCCAAUCCGCGGCGUCUAAGUGGGCGGUGCCCCCGUCGGGUCCCGGGAACCGAACCCAAGAGCCAGACGAGGGGGGGCCCCCAUGGAUUUAGGGGGGAGGGGAAAAGCCAUGGGGGGUACCCCUUCGGAACCCCUUUCCCAGGCGCGCGCUCUCCGCUGGAAGAGGCGCAGAGAGACACUUUCCGGGGAAUCUUAAGUGUGCGGGAAGCUGGCUGGGGGGCUCAUCCGGUCCCAACGCCCGAGGCUCGGAAAAAAGAGAGUUGGCGGAGGGAGCGGACUACGUGCCGGGCCAUGGCCUAGGCCCUUCGGCCCCGGGCCCGGCCGCAAUGACCUCUUUGCCCUACCCCCUCCCUGGCCGGGACGCCUCCAAAGCCAUCUUCCCGGACAUCGCCCCUGUCCCAUCGGUAGUGGCUACCUACCCGCUUGGUCUGUCCCCCGCAACCGCAGUCGCCUCCGAUUUGCCCUACUCUGGGCCUUAUGGCCACCUCCUGUCCUACUCCUACACUGCGCCGGCGACCCCGGGAGACUCCUACCUGUCCUGCCAGCAACCGGCGGCGCCCUCUCUGCAGGACCCGAAGGCAGACUCGGAGAAGCCGCCGCUGUCCCCGGAGUCCUCGGAGCAGCGCCCGCAGGCCCCGACCAAGAAGCUCCGCAAGCCGAGGACCAUCUACUCGAGUCUGCAACUGCAGCACCUGAACCAGCGUUUCCAGCAUACACAGUACCUGGCGCUGCCCGAGAGGGCCCAGCUGGCCGCGCAGCUCGGCCUCACCCAGACCCAGGUAAAGAUCUGGUUUCAGAACAAACGCUCCAAAUACAAGAAGCUCCUGAAGCAGAACUCUGGAGUACAGGAAGGGGACUUGCCUGGGAGAGCCCCCUCCUUAUCUCCCUGCUCCCCGCCCCUUCCAUCCCUCUGGGAUCUGCCCAAGGCAGGGGCCCUGCCCACCGGUGGCUAUGGCAACAGCUUUGGAGCCUGGUAUCAGCAUCACUCCCCAGAUGUCCUGGCUCCAUCUCAGAUGAUGUGAGUCCCGGGAAGGGUGGGUCAGGCCCCUGUCCUCCACAAAGCCCAGGACCCAGCCCACCUGCACCCCUUCUGGUCCCAGAGGAAACCAGCUCCAGAUGGAUUUUGUCAAGUGGACAAGAAGUUAGAGGAGAACAAGGAAGAGGUGAAGUCAUCUCUCCCUUGCCCUGUAACCCAAACUGCCUGAUCAGGACUUUGGUCUUAACCACCGGCCCCACCAUGACCGUGGACUGGACCCGUUCCCUCCAGCUGAUCAGGGGCUCUGGAGGGAGAGUUAUCGGCUGACUUCCCACCCCUUCCCUGGACUGCGGUCUACCACGGCCUGGAGGCAAAACAAAGAAACACUUGAGUAUUUUUUCCUCUCUGUGUGCCUUGGGCCUCACCCAACCCUGUUACGAGCAAAAGCAGAAGUGAAGUGGGCAUCCUCUGUCUUCACCAUGAGGACCAUCGGGUCCCCCCUCACCGAUUUUCCCUGGUGGUUGGCCCAUUAUCCCCAUGACUGAUACACCUCCUCACCAUCUUGUGAGUGGAAAAGAUGCCGAAAAUGUGGAGUUUGUGGACCUGUGGGUAACUCAUGCUCUUCUCCUAAAAAAGCCUUCUUCUUCCCAUGUCUAUUCAGUUAUGGUAGAUAACACAUCCAAUUAUCCUUGUAAUUCAACGGGUAUUUAUUAAGAGCCUAUCCCCUCCUUUCCCACCCUUAGUACCUAAUAACUCCACAUGCACACCCUCUUGGGAGCCUGUAGGGUAACAGUCUGGGGAGAAUGGGAGGGCAGACAGCCUCUGGAUGAGUGUAAGUAAAGACACCCCCAAAUAGGGAGGGUGGGCUGGCAGUUCAGCUCCUCACAGCUGUCUCUGUCCAAAGGAACUGCUCCUAUUUAUAAUCCACACCAGGAGCUUUUGGAGAUUAAAUCUGUACAAAA